GAAGAGUAUUUUUGUUGCCUAAGAGAAUAUUGUUUGAAAACAGCAUUAUGAAUCACUGUAUGUAAUAACUGAUAUUUAGUUGCUGAGAGAGAAGAGAAGAUUCAAACAAGUAAAAUAAAAUAAAAAUGAACACAUUUUACACGUCUGUGAGGUUGUGGUUUGUUGAUAGAAAUGGAAAUGAUUAGAAAUAUGAGCCUAUACACAAAUUGUGUGUGUGUGUAUGGUCUGCUUCCUGACAUAAACUGGAGCUUAAGUAGAGAAAAAGAUAAGGCGAGGUGUUCUAAAACCACUAAAUAUUAUUUGUCAUGGCAGACAGUGAGGUGACGGCUGGGCGAGCCGCUUCUCUCCGCCCUCUCGACUCAUUUAGCCCGUAUUUCUGGUUAUGCGCUGUUGUGUGCGUUUAUUCCAGCCCAGCCUGCAGUGCUCGCCGUGCAAGAUGGCCGCGGGUGAGAGCAACAGCCGCUCUGCUUGUUUAAACCCGCCCAGUUCGGGCUCACUGGGCAACGCUCGGCCGAGCAACGGGGCUCACUCGGUUCCUGUCAGCAACCAGGGUUCGGGGUGUGCAGGGUCCGCGGGGAACGCUGAUCCCCAGGCGCCGGGCCUCGACCGCGACACCGCGCUGGUGUCCGCGAGCGCGCAGAAUCCUCCGCGGCAGCCCGCGCCUCACAACACGGCCAGCAGGGAGGCACCGCGCGCCGCCUCCAACAUGAACAUGACGGCCACGUCGUCGUCGACGUCCAACGCAGCAGCAGCAGCACCUUCUUCAUCCUCAUCAUCAUCUUCUUCUUCAUCAUCAUCAUCAUCAUCUGCAGGCGCGUCCGCAGUCUCGGCCUCGGUCCCCGGCAGCCCAGCCUCAGUGCUCGUGUACCGUGAGCCCGUUUACAACUGGCAGGCGACGAAAAGCACGGUGAAAGAAAGGUUCGCGUUUCUGUUCAACAACGAGGUGCUGAGCGACGUCCAUUUUUUGGUGGGGAAGGGGAUGGGAGUGCAGCGCAUUCCUGCGCACAGGUUUGCCCUCGCCGUUGGGAGCGCAGUGUUUGAUGCCAUGUUUAACGGCGGCAUGGCCACCACAUCUACUGAGAUCGAGCUGCCAGACGUGGAACCUGCUGCUUUUCUGGCUCUCCUGAAGUUUCUGUACUCUGAUGAGGUCCAAAUUGGGCCAGAGACAGUGAUGACCACAUUAUACACUGCGAAAAAAUAUGCAGUGCCUGCACUCGAGGCACACUGUGUUGAAUUUCUGAAGAAGAACCUACGAGCUGACAACGCUUUUAUGUUGCUUACCCAGGCGCGACUCUUUGACGAGCCACAGCUUGCCAGCCUUUGCCUCGAGAACAUAGACAAGAACACUGCAGAUGCACUCGCUGCUGAGGGCUUCACUGACAUCGACCUUGACACACUGGUGGCGGUAUUGGAGAGGGACACGCUCGGGGUGCGUGAGGUGCGUCUGUUUGGAGCAGCAGUGCGUUGGGCUGAGGCUGAGGCUCAGAGGCAGCAGCUGCAGCCAACACCCGAGAACAAGAGGCGAGUGCUGGGCAAAGCCCUCGGCCUCAUCCGCUUCCCACUCAUGACCAUAGAGGAGUUUGCAGCAGGUCCAGCUCAGUCAGGCAUACUGACAGACCGAGAGGUUGUCAGCCUGUUCCUGCACUUCACCGUUAACCCCAAACCUCAUGUGGAGUUUAUUGAUCGGCCACGUUGUUGUCUGCGAGGGAAAGAGUGCAGCAUCACACGCUUUGGUCAAGUGGAGAGCCGCUGGGGAUAUAGUGGGACCAGCGACCGCAUCCGGUUUUCUGUCAAUCGCAGGAUAUUUGUGGUGGGAUUUGGGCUUUACGGCUCCAUACAUGGUCCAACUGAUUAUCAAGUCAACAUCCAGAUCAUUCACACAGACAGCAACACAGUCUUGGGGCAGAAUGACACUGGCUUCAGCUGCGACGGCACGGCUAAUACCUUCCGUGUGAUGUUUAAAGAGCCUGUGGAGAUUCUCCCUAGUGUCAACUACAUUGCCUGUGCAACACUUAAGGGACCAGACUCCCACUAUGGAACUAAAGGGAUGCGCAAAGUCACUCAUGAAGCUCCGGCUACAGGCACGAAGACCUGCUUUACCUUCUGCUACGCAGCGGGCAACAACAAUGGCACUUCAGUAGAAGAUGGACAAAUUCCUGAGCUCAUCUUUUACACAUAAUGAUGGAUGUGGAUCUGUUUAGUGUGUGGACUCUUUCACUACUUAUUACUCUUUCAGAGAACUGCUCUGGUGUACACAUCAGCAACCAAAUAAAGAUUUUUCUUUGUCUGAGCAUGAGAAAUCUCUCCCACCCAGUUGUGCACUGGGUACAGAUUUGUUUUCCUAUUUGUGUAGCACCUCAUUGUUUGUUUAAAGCUUGAACCUAUGACCAAAUUGCGAUAUCUGAUUGGUCAGAUGCUGUCAGUAGAGCUUUACCACUCAAUAACAGACAGCUUCAUGUCAGUUUAGUGUUAAACGGGUCUGAACUGGGUCCACAUUUUGACUCUAGUAAAUAAUGUUUAGAGGUUCUGAGCACUGAUGCACUUUUGACCCAGAUACCACUGCAAAAUGUGUUUGGGCAAAAUACACUACAUGUGUGAAACAGACUGUUACAUUUGAGGCAUUGUAGAGAACAUUUGGAAAAGUAUGUUUACAAGGAAUGCUGUUGAACUGUAAAUGCCCUUAAUCUUCAGUACAAAUUCUAAUGGAGCACUUACAUUCAAAACAUGCUUUUCAUGCUCAACUAUUCUGAACUGAAUGAGGAUAACCUAAAUGAAUGUAUGUAUACUUGCUAAUCCAUAUGUUGCUUAUGUACUUUGUCAUUGUAAGAGUGCUGUAAAUACAUUGUGUUCAAUUAAAGUGUGUACACUUUGUGCUUCUUCACUUCACAAA